AUGGUACGCCAGGAGCAACUCUCAGCUCCCAUGCCGGUACGCCAGGAGCAACUCUCAGCUCCCAUGGUAGUCCAGGAGCAACUCUCAGCUCCCAUGCCGGUACGCCAGGAGCAACUCUCAGCUCCCAUGCCGGUACGCCAGGAGCAACCCUCAGCUCCCAUGGUACGCCAGGGGCAACUCUCAGCUCCCAUGCCGGUACGCCAGGAGCAACUCUCGGCUCCCAUGGUACGUCAGGGGCAACCCUCAGCUCCGAUGGUACGCCAGGAGCAACCCUCAGCUCCCAUGCCGGUACGCCAGGAGCAACUCUCAGCUCCCAUGGUACGCCAGGAGCAACCCUCAGCUCCCAUGCCGGUACGCCAGGAGCAACUCUCAGCUCCCAUGGUACGCCAGGAGCAACUCUCAGCUAAAAUGUUGGUACGCCGGGAGCAACUCUCAGCUCCCAUGUUGGUACGCCGGGAGCAACUCUCAGCUCCCAUGUUGGUACGCCGGGAGCAACUCUCAGCUCCCAUGUUGGUACACCAGGAACCCAUUCUCAGCACCCGUAAGAGGACUCUGGGAGAUCCCUCUCAGCACCGAUGA